UUAAUCGAAGGAAUUAUAUAAUAUUCAGUAAACCUGAACAGACGAGUACUGGAGAUCAAGCAAAUUCCAUUAAUGGACAUAAAUUGCUGCCUGGAAAUAACAGUGCGAGCAACAAUGAUAAUACGUCAUUUUUGGUAUCAGUACGACAUGAUAACAAACAUAUUUGUCAAGGUUCCAUUUUAAACGGUUCCCUUGUUAUGGUACCAGGUCAUUGUGUUGAAUGUGGAUCCGAAAGCAACUUAGACUCACUUGAAGUUCUAGCUGGUACCAACAAGAUAAAUAACACAAGUUCUGGUAUCUUGUAUAAAGUAUCAGAUAUUUCAUGCAAAGAGAUAGAUCCAAAUAAUAAUAUGGCAUUUUUAAAAUUGAGUAAUAAUAUUACAAAUCAACGAACCAUUGGUUUAGGAGUUGAUCGUAAAAAUGAUAAUGUUACUAAAAAAGAAACACCCCCAAGGUUCUUCGUUGGUUGGAAGAUAGUAGAAGGAAAAAACUCCAGUAAAAUAGAAAAAAUAAAGACACCAAAUUUACGAGAGACAUGUUCUAAAAUUUUUAAAGAAUUAUCUUUAAGUCCCAACAAUUAUCUUUGUACGAAAAACUCAGAAUAUGACGUUUGUAAGGGUAAUAGUGAUCAUGUAUUGAUUUCUGAUAAUAGAAUCAUUGGAAUACCAACAAAAAUUGGCUGCGGUAAGGAAGGUAUAGACUACAAUAUUUUUACUCGUGUGGAAUGA